AUGGGCAUGGUGACACUUUUUGCUCUGUGUUCCAGCAUGGGACUCUGGUCCAGGAUAGCUCCAACCUCUGCCAGCUCUAUCCUGCUAUUGUUUCUUGUGAAACAGGCCAAAGGUUCUCUGCUGGAAAAAACCACUACUGGAUGGAACAAAUACAAACAGGAAUGCUUGAAAAUGCUGCAGGAAUCGUCUGUAGACAGUGGAGUGCAUUGCAAUGGGACAUUUGAUCAAUUUGUUUGCUGGCCUUACUCACCCCCUGGAAAUGUCUCUGUUCCUUGUCCUUCAUAUUUGCCAUGGCUGGAAAAUGGAAGUGUAGGACAUGUAUACAGAGUCUGCUUGGAUGAAGGGAUUUGGCAAACAAAGGAAAAUUCCACAGACAUUUGGCGGGAUAGCUCAGAAUGUUCUGAGAAAAAUCAUUUCCAGAAAAAUGAAGAAGAACAUAAGCUGCUCACCACAUUACAGCUCUUAUACACCAUAGGAUAUUACUUUUCUCUCAUCUCACUGGUGUUAGCUCUGCUUAUACUUUCUUUACUCAGAAAACUUCACUGCACAAGAAACUACAUCCAUAUGAAUUUAUUUGCAUCCUUUAUCUUGCGUGCUGCAGCAGUUCUUAUUAAAGACUCUGUGUACAACAAUAUUUACUCAAAAAGACCAAAUGAUGAAAGUGGAUGGAUAUUGUACCUCAGUCCAGAGAUUGUAAUCAUUUGCAGGACUGCCCAGUUUUUCAUGCAUUACUUUGUUGGGGCAAAUUACUUCUGGCUGUUGGUGGAAGGAAUUUAUCUGCACACAUUAUUGAUAACUGUGGUGCUCUCUGAAAGAAGGCUGCUGCAGACAUACAUUGUGAUAGGAUGGGUUGUUCCAAUCCUGUUUGUGGGCCCAUGGGGAAUAAGCAGAUCCAAACUGGAGAACACUGGGUGCUGGGGAACAAAUGAACACAUGGGGAUCUGGUGGAUCAUCCGAGGACCAAUGUUGUUUUCCAUUGCAGUUAACUUUGGCAUCUUCUUAAAAAUUCUCAGAAUGCUGAUUUCCAAACUGAAAGCUCAGCAAAUGACCUUCCAUGACUACAAAUACAGAUUGGCAAGAUCUACACUUGUGCUGAUUCCAUUGUUGGGGAUCCACGAAUUUGUGUUUACCUUCAUCACUGAUGAACAGGUGGAAGGACUUUCAAGACAUAUAAGACUUUUCAUUCAGCUGACAAUGAGCUCAUUUCAUGGUUUUUUGGUAGCAGUUCUCUAUUGCUUUGCUAACGGAGAGCUGAGGGUACAGCUGGCAAAGCACCUCACCAGCUCCGGCACUGAUCUGAAGCCAUGGAGCUCAGGAAGGCCAGAGAAGGGCCAAAAGGCUCUGGCUGAAAUGGAAAAUGCCAGAGAGCCCUCCAGCACAGGACAAGAGUGUGACAGCAUCGCUCGGACCAAGAGGGAGCUCACAGGUGCUGUUAGAAGCAAGGGAACUCCAGCAAGCCCUGACCUGUAA